AUGCCGUUCGUUCACUUACCUCCAGUUGAGAGACGAGUCCAGAGUCCAGACGGAAGAAACGGCAGUGGAAACUGGAAGUUCCGAGAAAGAGAAAUCCGUGAGGCCGUUAGGCUCGUGAUUAUUGAGAGGUUCGAUGUAUCAGUAUCAAGAAGGCAAAUGUUAUCAGAACAAUCCCAAUGUCUAACCAGCAAUCCAAUAAAUGAUUGCUGGCCCUCUGUCGGUACCAAAUGUGACACAGAUAUGGACAAAAUUCCAGCAGCUUGCGCCAUGGACUGGAGUAUUGAGCUUGACAAGAGUCUCCGUUCCAAAAAACCUGGUAAAUCAAUUAAAGCUAUAAAAGACAUAGGUUCCAGGAUUGAAUGGUGGAGUAGGGAUUCAAAGCUUAAAGUUGCAGAAUACAAAAUUUUCAGCUUAAUUCCUGGUGAAGAUAAGCUUUUUUUGAAUGCGAUCUUUCUGCGUUUGGCGGAUGCAUUUAGGUUAGGAGAUAAAAAUGUUAAAAGUUGCAUAGUAAAUAUUUUUCUGUCCCUGCGACAGAAAAGGAGGAGAAGUGGUGUUAAGGAUGAUGAUUGUAGGAUUUUGAGCAAGGAUAAAUUAGAUAACUACAUGGAAUUGUUGAGAAGAGUAAAGGUAGUGUUUGAUACUGGGGAUGUAGAAGAACGAUCGAUGGCUUUGAUUUUGUUUGGUUGCUGGGCAGAUUUUGCAAAAGAUGUUGCUGAUAUACGGUACAUUAUGCUAUCGAGUUUGGUUUCUGGUGAUGCUUGUGAGGUGAAGGCCUCAUUGUUUGCUGCAGGAUGCUUAUGUGAAUUGUCAGAUGACUUCGCUAAUGUUUUCUUGGAGAUGCUGACCAGGAUGGUGAUAUCGUUGGAGAUUCCAAGAGCUUUAAGGUUAGCAGGAGUGAAAGCUUUUGCUAAACUAUGGUGCCCAUUGUCACUUGCAGAUAAAGCAUAUAAGACAGGUUUAAAGCUGCUAAAGGAUUCUUUAGAAGAUGAUUUCUCUGCUGUGAUGCUGAUUUCACUUUCUAAAAUUGCCUCUAAGUGGACGCUUCUAACAUCUGUACAGAUAGAAUUGCUUGCAUUGUUUGUAAGUGAAGAGCGAUCUUUGGAUUUCCAAGCUACAACAUUAAGAUGUCUUAAUUUCACAUUAGCAAAGGGAGUUUGUGAUUUUCCGUCAGCCAGGGACGUCAUCCAUAAAUUAUUUAUUAUUAUGAAUAGAUCUGAAAUUUCACAAGCACUCCAAUUUGAAGCUUUAGAAAUUUUGCAUAAGAUCCUUUUGUAUGGUUCAUCCAUAAUUCCUUGCAUAGAGAUGCUUGAGAUUUUUCCAAGCUUGUUGACAAUUCUUGAGAAUAUAGUACGGUCUUCCUCCAAGUCCAAGAGAGUCUUAGCCUUUAGGAUUCUAGCCGAUCUCUCUGACAAGAUUCUGGGAAGAGAAGAUAUAGUCUCAAGUGAAAUUGGUUCAAGUCUAGCAUCCCAGGUGAUUUCAUUUGUUUUAGAUCAGAUCUCUUUGCCAGUAAGGAUGGAGAUGGAUGGUCAUCAGCCUGACUUGGAUAUGGAGCUUGAGUUUAAAAGCUUACUUAAACUUUUAGUUAACCUGGUUGAAAAUCAUUCAUAUCUUUGUUGCUUGGUGCCAAAUAAAAUCUUCAUAUUUAUAGAUAACCUGAUCAAGGAACUGGACAAAGUUGUGAGUAUAGAGAAAACUGACUUGCCAAGUCAUGAUGUCACAGAGUUUGUCAGAGGAAGCAAAACAUUUUUCAAUUCAAAACUCAUGCUCUAUGUAUCCAAAGUUGUGGUUGUUUGUAUACAAAACCUAGAUGAAACUGAUGCUGGAACAAGCCAAGUUUUUAGUGGGUUGAAGCGUCAGAUAGAACAUGUACGCCAGUGCACCUCUUUUGAUAACUAUAUCCAUACGAUCUACUGCCUCUUAUUACACUUCUGUGCCAUCCAUAGUUCCAUGUGUAGUGAGAAACAGGAAUUGAUGAGUCUUGAUAAAAACUUUACUCUUUCUUGUGUUAAUUCCAUUAUUCAGCUUGACAUCCUUACUCUUGACUGUGCAAAGAAGAUGUUGGGGGAAAAAAGUUAUUGGUCAUCUUAUAAAGUGGGAAAACUUGCACUCUAUCAGGGAGCAUGGUCUACAGCUGCUUUCAUUUUUGAGCAUAUCCACAGCACAGUUAAAUCUACUGCCUGUUCCCACUGGUUGAAAUCCUUGGCUCAGUUCUCACACAGUGAAAAGCAGAUUCAGUUGUUCUUCAUACGUGACCAAGACCCUUCUAUCCUAAACCAUUCAACCGUUAAAGGAGACCCAUUUGUCCCUUCCGAACCUAAUGGAGUUAAAAGAGAAGGCAUUUGCUGGAAAAUCAACAAGCGUAACUAUAUUGAAAAUCUUAUCAGUGCUUGUAGUAUUCUUUGCUCUGCAGAGGAAACACUUAGAGACUCUGGUUUGGGUCUUUUGUUCGGUUUCCAAAGAUGGUUUUUGUCCCUUAGAGCAAAGCUCCUGUCAUCUGUAGUAGAUAUAAUGAAGCUAUUGAAUACAAUUUCACUUGUUCAAUAUAGCAGUAGCCCCUCAGGAGAAGGGGAGAGAACAGAUCCAGUUUCAGGCUUGAGUUUUUUCCAAAGACUCAGUUCCUUGGUUGAUUCUUUCACGGAGGUCUCUUGCCGAAUGAAUAAAUUAACUAGAGAAUUUGAUCUAUUUGUAACAUCUUUCAUUGACAUGGACGGACAAAGUGUGAUUAUUGUUUCGUCACUUGCAUUGAGUUGUUCAUUGAUGGCCUUCAGUGCUGCCUUUGUCUUUCUCAUCCCAAACUUGCAGUAUUCAGAGAAUUAUAGGACUUUAAACUCUGAAUACCUUAAGGAGUCUUUCCAUGCUAUGCUACUAGAAGAUUUAGUUGGAAGGUUGAGGCAAAUAGACAGUGCAACCAGGAAUAGUCUCCUGUUUCUUAUGAAGUCUUUUGGAAAGUACGGGAGCUGUUUUUCACCACGGUUGAGAAAUCGGAUCUCAGACAGUUAUGAAACAAGAGUUAUGCUCAAACUCUGUGAUUAUGCCAUUUUGAGGAUUGUUGCCUACCAAAAUGAGGCAAGCCAGAUGGAAGGGGGUGACAGCAUGUCUCAAACCAUAAAUGAUGGUUCACAGCUUUUGUUGAACAUUAUUUCACAAUGUAUUUUGAUACCAUUCAGGGCUCCCAAGCACUUUUUUCAAGUAAGGCCUAGUGUUACCUCUGAGCUUUUCGUGAUGAAUGAAGAUGGUGAACAUGUGGAUGGGGUAUCUGUUUUUUCAGGUUCCCCCAUCUCACUGAAUUUGUGCCUUCAAUUGAGAAACAUGCCAGCAGGUCCACCUUUGCGGCUUACAAAAUUGUUGUGCAUUCUUAGUUGUAGAUCAUCUUCUCAGAAGAAAACAGAAAUGGGAGAGAAUAAACGGCAAAACCACUUGGGUAGCGAAGAUGGCGGAAUUGAUGAUUUGGUGGACUUGAACGAACAGCUAGUAGGCUAUGUUACUGGAUCUACAAGGAGUUAUAGAAUGCAUUGCAGAGAUAACAACGAUGAUGUUAUGGUGAAUCAAGAAGGAACUAUCAAGAUCAUUAAUUUUGUGCCGAGUCUAUGA